AACUGUGAGGAAGCCCUUGGUGAUCAUCACCUUCAGAACCCAUCUGUCGCCAUUCCCGCGUAGCCACUCACUCAUCUCGCACGUUCCCACGGCCCGGCCGCGUGUCAUUGCAGUCCCCGGCUAGCUUUCCCCGCUCGCUGCACUCUCCUCAUCGUUCGCCGGGUCCGCGCUCGCCGUUCGCCCGUCGCUGUCUCACCCGCGCAUCGCUCUCCUUUCCGCCCACCCGCCAGCUGCUGCCACCUUCGCCGGCACUCCUUCUCGGCCGCGCUGCUGCUGCUGCUGCUGCUGCUGCUAGUGGGCUUGCGCAGCCAGCCACGACCGCCGCCAGAAGGCAAGGCUAUGCCACUCGUGCGCGCAGGGAACCUCGGCGGAGUCGGGGGGGACAUGCGGCCGGAAUUAGACGAGCGCGCGCAGCACGGUACCUCGUUCGCCGCGCAUUCAGGGGAAGGGGUUGGCGAAGAGGCGGGCAAUGGGGCGGAGAGGCGGGAGGACGGGGAAGGGGAGGGGGGAGAUGGCGUGCUGCGCGUGGUGCUGGUGUCGCUGGAGUACCGCGCGGGCACGUUCAGCGGCAACGGCGUGUACGCGCAGUCGCUCGUGCGCUCGCUGAUGGCGCUGGGGCACCGAGUCAUGGUGGUCAGUGCAGCUCCCCCGCCCUGCGCCCCUGCGCCCAGCGGCACCUCCCCGUGCUCCUCCGCGCCCAUCGUGCUCAGGCUGCGCCACCAGCCCUCGCAGUCGGAUGGCAGUGCGGAGGGCCGCGGGGUGGAGGUGGUGCACGAGCCCUCCCAGGGCGAGGAGUGCGUGGCGGAGGUGCCGGUGGACGCGUGGGGACGCCUGGACUGGCGCUGCUGCUGGCAGCAGUGGGCCACGCGCCUGGCGGGCGAGCAGGGCGGGGCGCAGGUGGCGGCGCGAGUGGCGCGGUUUGCCCCGCAGUGGAUGCUGGUGGUGGACUGGUCCGCCGUGGCCGCCUACCACGCCAUCGCAGGGGCGCCCGUGUGGGGAGGAGGCAAGGGGACGGAUGGGCGAGGCAGCAGCGAUGGCGGCGGUGCGAGCAGCAAGUGUGCCGAUCAGCAGGGGCAUGAACACCCCGUGCAACAGCCCCCUGGGCGGCCGCGCAUGGCGUACCUCAACUUCCGCGUGUACUCGCUCUCCCAGUACCAGGCAGGGGGGCAGGGCGGUGGUGGUGGCGCAUCACAGGGAGGCGGGGCAGGUGACGGGGGGGGCGAGAGGCAGGCAGAGAAGGAGAAGGGUGGGGCGGAGGAAGAAGAGGCGGAGAGGGAGAGGGCGUUCUAUCGAGAGAAGGAGAGCGAGGCCGUUGCCAUGGCGGAUGUGGUAACCGCACUCAGCACACGGGACGCGCGGUACCUGGCGAGCAGUCUGGGAGCAGGGCGCAAGGUGGGCGGGCAGCCACGGGCACUGCUGCCGCCUCUGAGGGAAGACAUCCGCGUGCUGGCAGUGGGGCGAGAGGUCGCCACCUCCUCCUGGCGUGCCAGCCGCACCUACGUCACGUGCUGCGUGCGCCUGUCCCCCGAGAAAAACGCCGCGCUGCUGCCCGCGCUGCUGCGCCUGCUGGCCCCGCACCUGCCCGCGCUGGGCGUCACGCCCCUUGUGUGCACCGGCACCAGUGCCACGCGUGGUGCGUUCGGGGAGGCGGUGCUGGCGGAGGUGGUAUCAGCUGCGCCCGCUGCCGUGGUGGUGGACGGCUUCAUGGGGGCGGAGAGGAUGGCCCACGUGUACUCCCAGACGCUGCUCAACAUCCACCCCUGCCUGUACGACGCCUACGGCAUGACAGUCGUUGAAGCAGCAGCCUUCGCUGCGCCCUCCAUCAUCCAUGUCGGUCCGGGCGGUGCAGUGGGAGCAGCCGAGCUCUUGCUGCCCGGAGAACAGCUGGCACUGCCGCUCGACCUCUCGGCUGCCCUGCCAGUCGUAGUUGAGGGCAUUCUGGCGCUGCUGCAGGACAGGCAGUAUCUGGCACAGGUGGGAGUGGCGGCGAGGCGGCGUAGUUUGGAGUGGAGUGAAGAGGCAAGUGCCCGCGUCCUCUCCGCUAUCCUGCGGGGCGGGCCCGCAUGAAUGAUGCAGGACACACUGAUGGAUCAGAACAGACCCGUCAAAAGGACAUAACCCCCUCAACAUACGCCCUGCCUUUUAUUUACCAUCGGAUAGAAGACCCCCCUAGUACCGUAUUCCCCCAGAUAAAACACCCAGGGGUGUUAGUAAAAACCCAUGUAAAAUUUUGAGGGGGUAUAAUUAAUGGCACAUUUUGUAUAACGCCCGCAGGCUAUGGAAUGACACUUUUAUGUU